AUGUCUGAUUAUGAUCGUACUCGUGAAAACUCCGUUCAUGGAGAUAAGGAAAUUUAGCUAUAAACCCUUCAAAAAAAAUAUGAGCAGAUGGCCGUUGAUCACGAAUAGGCUGAAGAAAGGGAAUAAUAGCAUGAACAAAAUAUAGAAAACGAAGCUAAUUUGAUGCCUAUUCCUAUUAAAAUUAUUGGAAUUUGCUUGAUAUUACUAUUUAGUGGUGUUGUUCUCUUCACCAUUGGUUUAGUUGAUAUUCUCUAAGAAGAAUCUAAGACUGGAAGGGAUGUUUCUCUUCUUAUUAUUGGAGUUAUACUCUUGAUCCCUGGUCUUUAUUACACAUUCUAAUUAAUCAGUGCUUGCUUUGCUAGAACAAGAUCAGAAAGACAAUAAAUAUUAAAUGAAUUCCCCAUAGAUUACAUGAACGAUUGA